AUGACCAACCCUCACAGUGCUCCACCUUUCCGCGCUGAGCAUAUGGGCUCGCUGCUGCGUCCUGAUAACUUGCUCGAAGUCCGUGAGAAAAUCGCCACCACCGGUAUUUCUGAGGAAGCUGCUGGCCUGCUUGCCGUUGAGCAGGAAGCUAUUCGCAAUGUCGUCAAGAUGCAGCAGGACCUGGGCUUCAAGGCUGUCACCUCUGGCGAGUUCAACCGUACGCGGUUCUGGGGAUUGAUGUGGGACGAGUUUGAAGGAACAAUUCGUCUGCAAGACGCUGAAGCCUCGAUGUUCAGACUUUACCACCCUGAUGUUGUGAGUCUGAUCGAGCAGGACCGCAAAGUGAUGCCAGGUGACUCCGUCAUCGCCGGCAAGAAGCUCUCUCACAGCACCGCCUCUUCUCAAUCCAACCUGCACGAGCUCAAGCUGGUGCAGCAGUCCCUGCCUGAGAGCGAGUGGGCCAACAUCAAGCUGACAAUGAUCACGCCUGCCUGGUUUCACAUGCGCUACAAGCAGGGCCGUGCCUACACACUCGAAGCAUAUGCCAACGAUGCCGAGUACUUUGCCGACGUGGCAAAGGUGUAUCAGGCUGAGUUAGCAUCUUUGUACAAGGCUGGUCUGCGCAAUGUUCAGUUCGAUGACCCCGGCAUGGCGUACUUCUGCUCCAACGCGUUCCGCAAGGGAUGGGAAGAAGACCAGGACAACACUGGCUCCGUGGAGGACCUGCUUGAUGCGUACAUUAAGCUCUACAAUGAUUCUCUUGCUGGUCUUCCCACUGACAUGCACACUGGUAUACAUCUUUGCCGUGGAAACUUCAUUGGCGGCCGGCACUUCUCCGAGGGAUCGUAUGAUAUCAUCGCGAAGAAAUUGUUCGAGAACCUGAACGUCAACACAUUCUACCUUGAGUACGACACCGAACGGGCUGGUGGCUUCGAGCCACUCAAGUAUUUGCCCAAGAACAAGAACGUGGUGAUUGGUGCUAUUAGCACCAAGCGGCGGGAACUCGAGGACAAGGAGGCUAUGAAGGAACGCAUCUACAAGGCGGCGGACUUUGUCGCUUCGGGCUCUGGGGAGACGCGCGAGGAGGCCCUAAACAGAGUCUGUAUUAGUCCACAGUGUGGCUUCAGUACACACGAGAGCGGAUACCCUCUCCUCGUUGAGCAUCAGAAGAACAAGCUGAGCCUCGUUAGGCAGAUUGCCGAUGAGGUCUGGGGCCAGGCGUGA